AUGUCGGAAUCCUUCAGCGUUUCGCUCCGCCCAAAAAUCGAAAAACGCGACCGUCCAGAUUCUUUACCCCGCGAUAUCGCCCAGAUCAACGCGCAAUGGGGGUCCUUCCGAGAGCUCAACGAGGCGACCUUGCGGCAGAAGAUCGAGGCGGACAAACACAAGGAUCCGUGGGAAGAGGAGGAUGAGGGGGACAAGGAGUCGGCCGACUUGGAAACCUCAGAACGAUUGGAUCAGUUGUACAAGCGACGUGCGGAAAUCAUUCAAUUUGCACUGCAGGCGCACAUGGAAGCCUCGUUCGCUUUAGAUUUCGUCUCCCUACUCAUGUCGAAGCAUCAACCCCGCCAGGCCGAAACGUCCAUGUCUCCCUUCCUAAAGUCCGCCGCGCCGCUUGGUUCCCUCAACGCCGAAGUCGUCAACCCACCCCCGAGACCCGAUUCAACACUGAAAGAUAUAAAGUCUGUGUCGAGGGGAUGGCGAUUGCAGAACUUUAACUCGGCUGCGAGCAAGCUUCUCAAUGCUGGCUCGAGACUCGAAACCGAGGUGAACUCCGAGACGAAGUACUGGAACGAGGUCUUGGCGGUGAAAGAGAAGGGUUGGAAGGUCUGCAGAUUACCGCGGGAGGGUCAGGCGCUUGGGGUACAAUAUGGAUUCUUAGAGGCUACGCCGCUCUUCCGCGAUCGCGGACUCGCUGCGCUACGAAGGACCGACGAUGGAAGCCUGUUCCUGGACAAAGGGUUGAUCCCGCUCAAAGCUCAAGGAGUACGCGUGAGGAUGAAACAUGGCGAUCGCAUCGUCGGAUGCUCCAAAGUCUGCCGACCGCCGCAAGACGCCGAGUCGAUCGAGAGCCGCAUUCUGCAAGCCCGCGAUACGGUGUUUGAGGAGGAGCUCUUUUACGAAAUAAUGCGUGAAGCAAGGAUCUUAGGUAGCCAAGGUGUGACAACCCGACAAAAUUUGGUGCAAAUUCCCCUGUCCGAAGAGCAAGAAGUGCUGCUCGAUCUGGUCGACCGGGACCAGGACCGAGACCCCGAGGCAGCUGUUUCGAGUGAGCGGGACGUUUUCGCAGAUUCAAUCGCCCACUCCAUCCGCAUACUCCUCACCUACGCGCACCGCCAAAAUCUCCGCCGGAGGACUCAACCCCCGCCUCCACUGGCACCAAAGCGUCGACCAAUCCCCGAGUACCAGAUUCUCAGACCAAUCAUGGCGUACCUACAACACAAAUCCCACAUCCAAUGGCUAGAGUCACUCAUGAACGACCUGCGCGGUGUGCUAAAGUCGGCUGGCAUCGCUUGCGACUUCAGGUCGACCCAAUUUGAUUCGAUUGGCACGCUACAACCGAACAGUUUGGUUUCCAAGGUUGAAGCACUGGCCCGAGUUUUCCUUGCCCCCAUUCAGUCGACUUUCUCAGCGACUUUGGUCACCCCAGGGAGUUCGUUUCGCGUUCGAAUUCGAACCAAUCCCGCGGUUCCGCCAUUUGGUACCUUUUACGACAUCUCAGUUAAUCUUCCGCAGUAUCCCGACGUGCAGCCCCCCAGCCAUGUUGGCCUCCAAGAAGAGGUUUCCGCAAUUCUCACACAUGUCGUCAUGCUAGACAUAGCCGCAUCCGUCCCGCUGCAAGGUCAUGGUGCUUCAGAGCAGCAAAGCAAGGAUCGAUUGUCCUGGGAAGUCGCCUAUGCACACCAUGGAGAGCUGCUCGCUCUGGGCCAAAAUGGCCAAAGCAAGAAGAUGAAGAUCAGCCUCUCUCGCGAUGAGUUGACGAUUCAUACGAUUGCUCUCGGCCGCAACGGAGGAAUGGGCCCAGUGGAUGCAACAUCGUCAACCAUGUCCCAGACUUGGAAGGCUGGCUUGGCGGAAUCGAAACCCACUCUUAGCGAAUUCGUUGCCCAAGCGUCCCAGCCUUAA